UACCUGUGUUGAAAUAUCUUGCAUGCCUUGUGCAUAGAAUGUAUGUGAGGAAACGUGCGUAAUGUUGACUUUGGAUGUAUGGAGAUGUCGAGCAACUGAGGAUCCAUAAGAACACAUAAGAGUGAUUGUCAACCAAAACAGACAUUGAAAAAAUGAGUCAAGAUGAAGGGAUAUCAUUGUCGGUUCCCUCCUUUGGUCUUGGCUCGGGCCCUGAGGGUGCCUGCGGGGACUCUGCUGGCUCCCGGGAAGAGAGCGUGAGCGGUGCCCCUAUUCCCGCGGCUGGGACAUUCUGGCACGACUCGGUGGUCAGCGGAAGCAUCAUUCCUAAUAUUCUGAGCUGCCCGAAGGACAGUGGCGGCUUGUUGUCUACGGUGAAAUGUAAAAGCAGGGCUGUCACGGUGGCAUAUGUCGUCAACAGCGAGCUCACUCAGCCGCACACCGCAGAGAACAUGGCCCUGCAUUGCCUGAAAGACGCUUGCGACUCCGUGGGAAGUAAACUGGAAAUCAUACACUUUGGAAAGAUCGACUUUGGAGAGACGUGUGUGCUUGAUCAGUUCUAUAAUGCAGACAUAGCUGUGGUGGAGAUGACGGACGCUUUCCGCCAGCCCUCCCUGUUCUACCACCUGGGUGUGAGGGAGAGCUUCAGCAUGGCCAACAACAUCAUCCUGUACUGUGACACCAACUCUGACUCGCUUCAGUCCCUGCAGGUAUCUGCUGGAGCCAGACCCUAUUGGCUGCAAUAG